CCCAGCCCUGCGCCGGCCGCCCGGGCGGGGGGAGCCGCGGCGCGGCGGCACCGGCGGGGAGGCGGCCGGCGCUGGGACGGCGGCUUCAGCCCCGGGUAGAGCCCGGAGAGCGGCGGGCGGAGCUCAUGGAGAGAGGACGCUUGGCAGGAUAACCCUGCGAUGGCUGCUCAGUCGAGCUUGUGCAAUGAGGACAGAAACUUGCUGCGGAUUCGAGAGAAAGAGAGGCGGAGUCAGGAGGCUCUGGAAGACAAAAAGCAGUUCUCUGAGAAGACUCCCCUCUUUGCAGAGCCCUACAAGACUAAUAAAGAAGAUGAGUUGUCAAGCCGAAUUCAGAACAUGCUGGGCAAUUAUGAGGAGGUCAAGGAGUUCAUGAGCAACCAAUCUUGUCAAAGCCUGAUAGGAAUUCCAGCGAGCGUUGCCCCCGUGUUUCCCCCCGGGCAGCCCGAUGGCCUCCCCGGGAAGGCCGUCCGCACACUGCCGCCCCCGUGCCAGCAGCCGGCCCACCGCCCCCCCCUGGCACCCGUGGCAGUGCCCCCUCGCGCUCCCGGCCACUCCAGCCACUGCCCAAAGGCACAGCCGGGAGCAGAGCCAGCUCCAGGUGUGCCCAGCAAGCGCCGCGGCUUGCCCAGCGCCCGGGGCCAGGGCCAGGAGCACGGCCGCGAUGCUCAGGGGCGUUUUCCUCACGGCCACAACAAGCCCGGCAGCGGGGAAGGUCGUGCUCGGAGCCUGCACACCUCCCCUCUGGCGCUUUCCCCAUUGCUGCCAUGCUUGUUGUCUUCUCCCGUGGCACCCCUCUCACCUCUACAUUCCAGCCAGCAGAUCAAUUCCAGGUCACAGAACAGCAGCAAAAGUCGUGGGUCAACCUGCAGUCAAACCAAAUCAUUGCAGGACUUGGUGACAGGAUCACAGGAGAAGGAAAGUCGGGACAGCCCAGCCGUUACCUUGACCAGCACCACUCAGCCUUCCUCUCAGACUUUCCCCCCUUCUUUGACAUCGAAAGCCAGUGCAAUGCAGCAGAAACCAACUGCCUAUGUCAGACCCAUGGAUGGCCAAGACCAGGCACCGUUUGAAUCCCUGGAGCUCAAACCUCUCCUGGAGGAAUACCAUGAAGGACCCAAUGAGGAUGUCUUGGAUUUGAAGGCAAAAGUUAAAGCUGAACUAUCCAAGUUGGAAACUCCUGAGCCCAAGGAAGAGACCGAUGAAGAUCUCUCCAAUUUGAAGGCAAAAGCCAAAGCAGAACUAUCCAAAUUUGAAACCCUUUCCGAGCCCAUAGAGCAAACCAACCCCAUUGAUGUGCAGUCCAUUGAAGAAAUUUUGAGGGAAAUGACCCGCUCCUGGCCACCUCCCCUGACAGCUCUCAAUACUCCUACCAAAGCAGAGCCUUCCAAAUUCCCCUUCCCAGCAAAGGAAUUGCAACCUGAAGGAUCUGUAGCAAAGGAUCAGAAGCAGUAUGGAGCACCUUCAGAAACGCUGCCAGGUUCUCAGCCAAGAACAUCAACGCUCCAGGACGACCUGCAGCUCAGUGACAGUGAAGAGAGCGGUGACGACCAAGUUGUUGAAAAGUCACCUUCUUCACUUGCUCCUCCAAAGUACAGCUCCCUGCAGUCACAGCCCCAGAGCGUGGGCUCAGCACAUUCCAGCAGCUCUGAGUCAGGGAGCACCAGCGACUCGGAGAGUGACUUGGACACCGAGAGCCCCUCGAGUGACGGGGACGAGAGCGACCCUGCGCGGGCACCAGCGCCUGAGCCCGAGCCACCAACUUCUAAUAAGUGGCAGCUGGACAACUGGCUGAGCAAGGUGACGGCAGCAGCAGUGCCCGCAGAGAGCCCCAGGGACAGGGCCCGCGGGGAUGGACGUGGGCAGGGCGAGCAGCAGCACGGCCAGCUGAGGGCUCCUCACGAGGCUCCUCUUCCCAGCAAAGGCAGCUGCCAGAAGGCUCCAGCGCACGAGCCCUCGCCCAGGCAGCCUGUGGGGACCAAAGGGCCCAGCAAGGGGCACCAGGGGCCCAGGAGGGGCCUCAGGGUGGAGAGCGAGCCUGCUCCUUUGGAGGGCACAGACCCAUCUUCCAGGGACAAGCCAAAAGUCAAAAACACAGUGAGGACAAAAUCCAAUGACAGAAAAAAACAGAAACCAGGACUUCAAGAGCCCUCUGAGAAGAAGAAGGGCAAGGGCUCGCAGCAGGCCAGCACCAAACACCUGCUGGAGCCCAGGCUCACGGGGGACACCCAGGCACACGAGGCUGCCGGGGCCCCUCAGGGCCAGGGCACAGCUCCCCUCAGGAGCCACGGGCCUCGCCAGCUGCACAGGGAGGAGCUGCCCCUGCCUCUCGGGGAGAGGCUGCUCUCACCAGUGAGGGACCCCCCGGCCCGAGAGCGCCUCGUGGUCAGGAUAGACCUGUGCCACCUGGACAAAGUCCCUCAGCCCCCCAGGAGAAACGGGCACCCGAGGAGCGCAGAGACCAAGGGCUGUCCUGGCGCCAGCAAGCAGGACUUGAAGAGGAAGGCCACGGACACUCCUGAGGAGCCCCUUGCAAAGAAGAAGAGGGUAGAGAAGGAGAAGACUGAUAGGAAGAAAAUGAAAUCAGAAAAGGAAGCAAAGUCAUUGCAGCCUUCAGCUAACAAAGAUUCCAGUAAAUUGAAAGCACCAAAAUCCUCAUCUGAAACCCAGAAGAAAGAUGUGCUCCUGCCACUGCCAGCCGUGUCUGCUGCACCACCUGCACCAAAGUCAGCCAAGAUGACCCAAAAGAGACCCAAAAAUGAGACUGAUGAGCUGCCUGCCAUGGAUAACGCUGCCAGGAACAGGAGCAACCACAAGGAUCCUUUGUUUGCCAAGCACAGGAAAGGGGAGGGGAAUCAUACGGACCUGUCCAAGGGCAUCAGAGGAUCUGCAGGUGAUGUCACAAAGCCUUUCCCAGUGCCUUCUUUGCCAAAUGGUACCUCUAAGCCAAGGAGACCUCUGCUCAAGUUUGAAAAGCAGCGUUCCAAGGAGUACUACAUUGAGCAGGCCCAGAGGCUGAAGCACAGAGCUGAUGCGAUGACUGACAAGACUGGAAAGGCCUUUCAGUACCUGGAGGCUGCGCUUUUAUUCAUUGAAUACGGGAUUGCCUUGGAGUCAGACGUGCUGGAGCCAAAGUCAGCUUACAGCAUCCUCAGUGACACCAUCGCUCUCAUCAAAUUCAUUAUGACUUUGAAACCAUUUGCAGACUCCUCAGUCUCUUCACAUGGAAAAAUCUUUGCUGUGUUACACAUGCGCUGCCAGUCCCUCCUGCACAUGGCAAUGUUUGGCUACAAGAAGGACACUGCAAUGAGGUACUCCAGGCUCCUCAACGACCACUUCAAGAGUAAUUUCAGAGGAAUACAAGCACCUUCUCCUGGUGUUGCAAGAAGCACAGGCUUGCCUUCUCCUCUUUCUCCCAUUCCCUCUCCUGCUGGAUCUGUGAGUUCCCAGCCGGGUUCCAAUGACAGCAGCGGCGCUGGCUCUGCUGUCACUGUCCCCUGCCACAUCUCCAGUGUCACCUCGUCCUACGUCAACAUCACCUCCUACAUCCUCCAUGCCUAUGAAAUCUGGGAAAAGGCUGAUGCACUGGCCAGAAAGAAUAAAGAGUUUUUUGCUGAACUCAGCAGAGCAACGAGUGCUCUGGCACUGACCAGCAGCCUGACAGACCUGGUACACUACAUCAGACAGGGAUUACAGUGGUUGAGACUGGAAGCAAAUAUGCCUUAACUGGUUCUCCAGGUGGUUAAAUACCUUGAAGUUUUUUUGCACUUUUGAAGCCUCAGAAACAGUUUAAUUUUUUUUUAAUUGUUCAAUACAAAGCACCUGCAAGGGAGAAUAUUUUAAACAAAGUUGGAAGUUACCUGGUUACACUGGAAAACCCUUGAACUGUGUUUUUCUAGGGUAGCACUUUGCUACCUUGAAAAAGAAGAGAUGGAGGAUGGCACCUUCCUUUAAAACGAUGAAGUGCAAUGAAUUGAACGAAUGGCCCGAUGUAUUGAUGGUCUAGAAACAUUUCUGUCACAAAUAACCAGCAGGACAAUAAUUGCACAUGAUGCUGACAAGAAGGAAAUCUGCCUCCAGAGGUGGUUAUACAACAUCCCCCAGUCUGCAGCAGCUGUGUGCCCAGGCAAAAUGCCAGAGGAGCUGUUUUUGCAAGCACAGAUGCAAUCUUUGGUGUCCUCGUUCCUCAGAGAGCAAGUAGUAACCUCAUGGAGCACCCAACAGCAUUAUGUUACAGGAAAACCAGCCAAAGGAUGUGUCUGCCUGCUUUCCAGCCUCAGCCCCUGCUGUGCUCAGCCAGCUGUGGUCACUGAGGGAGCCUCUGCCUCGGUGCUGCAGGGUUCCUGUGCAGGGGAUCCCUGCUCUGCUCCUCCCUGCCGUGCCCUUGUGCACACCCGUGCCCACGCUGGGGCUGCCUCGCUGCAGCCUGGCAGGCCAGACAAGGACGUGGCGUGUGUGGAACAGCUCUGCCCUCUGCUGAGAGUGGCACCCUGAGCAUUCUCUUUGGGCUGCUUUGUGCCGUUCCGGUGAGUGGGCGUGGAAAGCUGUGCUGGCUCACUGGGAUUGCUUGGACAUUGUUCCAAGAGAUUCCAUGGGAAGGAAUUGCUCCUGGGGAAGGAGGGAUUAAGUGGCUGAAUGAUAAAUAAGAUAAAUUGCAUUUGGAUAUUUGCCUGCAACCAUUGAGGGUCUUGGUGAAUAUCUAAGAGCAGGACUUGUACCAAAGUAGGGUCUUCUCCAUGUGGGAGACAGCUCAUGUGUUCUCUCAGCCAUGCUAUAGGAUGGACCCAGUGACUUAGAAACCUGUCAGGGGAACAAGAAAGGGAAUACUGAGCUCUUCCCAAGCAUUAUUUUCCUUGUGACAGUGGCAGUGAGGGCAGCAGCCAUGGCGUGUGUGGAGUCAGUGAGAUGACCUUGUGUACCCAAAGAUUCCUCCUGCCGUCCUCGUACGUACGAGUGUGCCUUAGCCUCACACCCCUCACCUCUCCCUGACAGACCCGUGGGACUGCGCGAGAGGAGGAUGGUAUCCCAAAAUAAUCAUGCUCACCAGAAAGAAGUAUCUCCCUUUUCCACACAAUUUCAUGAUUAGGGAACAGGUCUGCAGAUACACAGAAGUACCCCCCUUGUGAAAUAGCUGCUCACGGCCUCUAGGCUCAUGAAAAUGGACAGCAAAUAAAUAUCAGCAGAAGGUUUGCAUUUCCAAGAGUAGUUUGUGUAGAAAUGGCCCCUGCCACGGGAAAGCCUGUGCUGGUUCUGUGUCCUGGGGGGUGAUGGAAGCGUGCUGGUCUCGAGCACAAGGGAGCUCUCCUGUCACUCCCCUGGCACUGCAGGACGCCGGGACCGUGGCUGGGCCUUUCUGCACCCUGAAGGGAUUGGCCUGCGCCGUUCAUUUGUUCAGAGCCCCAGAGCCUUCCAGGGGUGAGCUGUGCUAGCAAGGACAAGGAAGGAAGAUCCAUGUCCCCUCCCCAUUUGCCCUGUCGAGCUUUGCUUGCGCUCCUGCCCCCGGAGCAGGGGCUCCUGGGGCUCUCAUGUGAAAGCAAUCUGUGGAUUUCCACAGCAGGAGGACAGGUUUUGUCUCAGGACACAGAGAAAGACUGUUCAAAUAGGAUAGUUUAGGAAAAGCCAUCACGUUUCAACCUUGAGCCAGGUCAGAGGCCUGCAGAGGGUUAGGAAGGAAGCUCAUCAUUUUCACCUGGGCCUAUUCAGGCCUUUAAAACAAACAAACAAACAUUAAAUAAAAUCAGCAAUUGAAAUGUAGCAAUGGAGGAAAUAACAUUUGCCUUUAAGAAGCAAACCAUUAAUCCAAGGAAAACCAGGGGUGAUUGUUUAAUCCCAGAGAGAAAGGAGGCAGCUAUGGUGGCAAAGCAGCAUCAUUUCCAUGCAAUAUUUAUUUAAAAGAAAUAAUAAUACCUGUGUUGAAAUUGUCAAAUGUUCUAUUUUUAAGAUGCCAUUUAUUUAAUAAGUUGAAAACCCCACUUACUCGGAGAUAGAGAUCUCUUCUGUAACUGAAAGUCAAAGUCUGACUGCAAUGCCCUUGUUUUUGGUUUUGUCCUCUCCCCUCCCUCUUGGUUUCCAAUCUGUACAUCUUAUUUUGGGGAUGUGUGUCCCUCUUGUAUAUAACCUUUUCUGCCCUGCGUGUGAUGGAAUUUCUGAGAUGGUUGAUUCAUGUGGGGAAAAUAAACAAUAAAUGAAUGUUUGUUA